UAAACUAUGAGCACAUUCUACACAGAUGUGUUAAUAUUCUUAUGGUGAAAACCUGAAUUUGUGCAGUUUAAGAUGUGUUUUCUUCAGCCUCAGCUGUGGCGUCUCCUCCUGAUGAUGAGUCUUGGAGGACUCUUUCAGACCGAUGUUUGUGACGGGCAGCAUUUGGUAGAGAUGCAGGAGGGUCCAUUGUACCGUGUGAAAGGAUUUCCAAUGUCUAUCUCCUGUCUCGUUAGUGGCCUUAAACAUUCCUCCAAGAUUCAAGAUUUUGCUUUUUCAAUCAUUCAGCCAAAGGUUCAAAUCCAAAUUAUUAGCACUUUUGACCAAUCUUAUGCUUAUGCAAUGUACUCUAAAAGAGUGCGGGAGAAAAAUAUUGUGAUUGAAAGGCAGUCAGAGACUUCAGUUAUUUUCCACAUUAAGUCUCUGGAAGCAGACGAUUCUGGAGAAUAUGAAUGUUACACUCCAAAUAGAGAUGGGGUGUAUUUCGGAACCUACAACGCAAAAACAACAGUGAAUGUGAUUGAGGAUACUCUGGUGGCAUCAUACUCUGGACUUGCAUCUCUUAGCGUCUUUGUAGGUGAAUCCAUUCAGCUUGAAUGCCAUGUCUCCAGUCAGACCUUUCAACACACUCAUCUGUCUGUUACCUGGUAUCUGCGUGGUAGCACUGACACUCGACCCAUCAUCAGUUUGGAUCGAGAUUUAACUGUAAGGCCUGGAGCAGAGUAUGAGCACAGAUACCAUUCUGGGUUCAUAACUAUGGAGAAGAUAGAAGACACCACUUACAGACUCAAGAUAACUCAGGUACAGCCGUCUGACAGUGGUGAGAUCUACUGCCAGGCUGAGGAGUGGAUCCAGGACCCAGAUCGCUCUUGGGUGAGGAUUUGCCACAGGAAUUCUACAGGCUCAAACAUAGAGGUCAAAACUCUAGAUACAGCUCAUGAAGAGGGAUCUUUUGGUACCCAAAUUCAGGUUCUAAAUGGGGCCCUUGAGGAAGGAGACAUGAUGGAGAUCCACUGCAGAUUAGAGGCUCAGAAUCUACCUGGAUAUUUGUUCUCCAUGACUUGGCUGAGAAACAACAUGAUUGUAGCUCAAAUUGAUCACAAUGGUGUGCAGACUGUAGAUGAUGCCUACAUGAAAAGAGAGAAAGAUGGUGAACUGAGAACUGUGAAGAAGAAAAAUACAAUCUUCAUUCUCACUAUCCAACCAGUCAGGGUAGAAGAUCAAGGCAUCUAUCAGUGUAAAGCUGAACAAGUAGGGAAGUUAGAGACUGUGCCAUUCGAAAGAAAAAGCCAGCUAUCUCAUACAGAAACUGUGCACAUCAGAACCAAAGGUAACACUGUUUAUUAUUAUUCUAACAUAAAACUGGAUGUACUGAUUUUUAAGGAAUAUUACAAACAAUACAGCUCAGAUGCAGAUUUGUCUCCCACUGUUGCACUAGAGAGCAAGCUGCAUGUACACAAAUCCAGUCGCUUUCUCAACGUUACUGAUAUUCAGACCGGCUUCAUGGUGGAGUGUUAGAUCGGCUCACGUUCUAGCGAGAAGUCUGUGCUUGAAGUGAUCUGGUCCAGGAGGCAGAGAGACAACCAGCCUCUGGAUAUUUUCACUGCAAGUCGAGAUGGAACUCUACACAGCACGAUCCUUGAUAGAACUCUGGUGUAUGACCGGCCCAGUACCACUCGCUACACACUCACUGUACCCGAUGUUGAUCCCGCUGAUAAUGGCCAGUACCAGUGUCAGGUUAUAGAAUGGAUACAGACAGCUGAUAACACCUGGAGGAAGGUGGCUGAAGAGAAAUCAGGAGAACUUUCUAUCAAUGUAUUCGGGAUCAAAUCAAGUGAAAGUUCUUUCACUUUGGAGACGUCUGCCACACAUCUGAACACCAUGGAGGGAGAGCAGUUGGAUCUUAGUUGUUCUAUUAAUUCUGAAAUAAUGGACGCCACCUAUCAUUACAGUCUUACUUGGUUUGUGGAGAGGCAGGACUCCAGUGUUAGCACUUCUUUACUAAGCUAUACCUAUAAUGGCCUUCUACAGUAUCAGUCAGAGAACCAGCAGCUCAGUGGCAGGCUAUUGUUUUCCAGGCCCACAGCCAAACAAUUUCAGCUCAGUAUUUUGAACUUGGAUCCAUCUGAUAGCGGUAACUACCAAUGCAGUGUUGAACAGUACCAGCUUAACUGUGAAGGCAGGUGGGAAAAGAAGGGAUCUCCGCAAUUGGUUACAACUAAGGUCAAUGUGCAAAAAAUAGAGAGCAAGCUGCAUGUACACAAAUCCAGUCACUUGCUCAAUGUUACCGAUAUUCAGACCGGCUUCAUGGUAGAAUGUGAGAUCCGCUCCCGUUCUAGCGAGAAGUCUGUGUUUGAAGUGACCUGGUUGAGGAGGCAGAGUGAAGAGAAGCCUCUGACCAUUUUCACUGCAAGACGAGAUGGAACUCUACAUAGCACAAUCCUUGAUAGAACUCUGGUGUAUGACCGGCCCAGUACCACUCGCUACACACUCACUGUACCCAAUGUUGGUCCCGCUGAUAAUGGCCAGUACCAGUGUCAGGUUGUAGAAUGGCUACAGACAGCUGCUAACAUCUGGAAGAAGAUGGCUGAAGACAAAUCAGGAGAAAUUUCUGUCAGUGUCCCUGAUAAAGAAAACCCCUUAUGA